UCACGCGCCUCAGCUGAUUGGCCAGUAAAUCCGUGGCCUGAGAAAGAACGACACAGGGAACCGACUGACAUCUCGGAACCCGUCAACGGAGAUUCUCCGGCGACAAACGGUGAGAGGCGAGACUGAGGUGAGGCCCGGAUUCUAAUGUGCGACCUCUGAGAUGUCCAGCAAGCCCCUUACGGCCGGUGCAGAAAUCCCGGCCCUCCUCCUCCUCCUCCUCUUCAAGUUUGUGAACCUCGUGCUCUCUGCGUCAGACGACUCCCAUUCAUGAAAAGUGUGACGUGAGCAGGAAUUUCGUUUUUACCAACCCUGCAUCGGUGCUGAGAAAGAAGCUUGACUUUGAGCCUUGUCCGACGUGAUUCAAAUACAGCCAAGCCAAUGUGUUAGAACUGCUCCACAUCAGGUAUACUUAGCCCAUAUUCAUGCAUGACAUCAUGGGAAGUUCCCCCGAGGUGCUCUCAUGGACUUCCUGCCCCAGCAUGCUGGUGGGCAAGCUGAAGGAGGAGCUUAAACUCAGUGUAGUUGGGGACUCCAUGAAGAAAUCAAACGCAGCAAACUCUCAAGCGCAACCUCCUCCAGCCCCUCCCACGAUAUUGCCCCCUCAGAUAAUUAAGGACCUGGCACCGCCCACGCACCUGCCCGUCCCUCUGCAGCAUCUGCAGCCUCCAAGCCAGGACGAUGAGACGGUGCUCGGGGGGCUGAGUUCCCAAAACACGGCCUUGAGCGUCGACUCCACGCGGAGCGAGGGCGGACACUUUGACAACAGUGUCCUUCAGCUACAGGAGCACGACCACGAAGAACCCAUCUCGCCGGCCUCCUGCGAGCACGGGGGCUGCGGGAGCGGAAUGGAGGAGCAGGCAGGAGACGGGGACUGUCAUAUGGACCACGGUGGAGACUGUAGACAAGGUCACCCGCAACACCCCGACGACAUCAAGCUGCACUUCCACAGAGCGGGGCCCGGGUCGGGCGGCUUCCUGGAGGGUCUUUUCGGCUGUCUCCGACCGGUCUGGAACAUCAUAGGAAAGACCUACUCCACAGAAUACAAGCUCCAACAACAAGACGUGUGGGAGGUUCCGUUUGAGGAAAUCUCUGAGUUGCAGUGGCUGGGUAGUGGUGCUCAGGGAGCCGUCUUCCUGGGCAAAUUCCGUUCUGAGGAGGUGGCUAUCAAGAAGGUGCGCGAACAGAAGGAGACGGAUAUUAAGCACCUGCGGAAACUCAAGCAUCCCAACAUCAUCAGCUUCAAGGGGGUGUGCACUCAGGCGCCUUGUUAUUGCAUCAUCAUGGAGUACUGCGCUCAAGGCCAGCUCUACGAGGUGCUGAGGGCAGGGCGGAAAGUCACCCCCAGGUUGCUGGUGGACUGGGCCUCAGGCAUCGCCAGCGGCAUGAACUACCUGCACCUCCACAAGAUCAUCCACAGGGAUCUCAAAUCUCCCAAUGUUUUGGUCACACACAAUGACGCCAUAAAGAUCUCUGACUUUGGAACGUCGAAAGAGCUGAGUGACAAAAGUACAAAGAUGUCAUUUGCCGGUACGGUGGCCUGGAUGGCUCCAGAAGUGAUACGAAAUGAGCCUGUGUCUGAAAAAGUGGACAUCUGGUCAUUUGGAGUUGUCUUAUGGGAACUACUGACUGGAGAGAUCCCCUACAAAGAUGUCGACUCUUCCGCGAUUAUCUGGGGCGUCGGCAGCAACAGUCUUCACCUCCCAGUGCCCUCCACUUGCCCGGAUGGCUUCAAAAUCCUCAUGAAACAAACAUGGCAAGGCAAGCCCAGAAAUAGACCGUCGUUCCGUCAGAUCCUCCUACACCUCGACAUUGCCUCGGCCGAUGUUCUGGGAGCGCCUCAGGAGACCUACUUCAAGUCUCAGGCUGAAUGGCGGGAGGAAGUGAAGAAACAUUUUGAGAAGAUCAAAAGCGAAGGCACGUGCAUUCACAGGCUGGAUGAAGAGCUGAUCAGACGCAGGCGGGAUGAACUCAGGCAUGCGCUGGACAUCCGGGAACACUACGAGAGGAAGCUGGAGAGAGCCAACAACCUUUACAUGGAGCUUAGUGCCAUCAUGUUGCAGCUGGAGGUCCGAGAGAAAGACCUCAUGAAGAGAGAGCAAGCUGUGGAGAAGAAAUACCCCGGGACCUACAAGCGCCACUUGGUCAGACCCAUUGUCCGAUCCAAUGCUGUCGAAAAGCUGAUAAAGAAGAAAGGAAGCAUUUCUCACAAACCUGGGAUGCCCGCCGCCAAAAGGCCAGACUUGCUCCGUUCUGACGGUAUCGCCAGCCUGGACCCCCUCCCCUCUCCCUCCCCACUUUCCGCCAGUCCCAAAGUGUCCACGCCUCCUGGAAAAGCCCGCUACCGAAGCAAGCCCCGCCAUCGCCGCGCCAACAGUAAAGGAAGCCACAGCGAGUUCCUUGGGGUGCUGAAAUCUGCCGCAGGAGUGCCCGAAGACGUUAAGGAGCCACCUGAGCAUCAUCUUCACCACCUCCUGCUGCCUACCACCGGAUCGCCACUCCCGCUGAAGGGCCGCGAAGAGGCCGUUGUAAACUGUGCCAAUAACCUGCGUUAUUUUGGCCCCGCCGCUGCCUUGCGUAGCCCUCAGACCGAUCACCUCCAGAGGCGUGUUUCCGGAUCCAACCCUGACCUCAUCUCCACAGCCAUUGAUGCAGACACGCGUCAGCGUACUUCAUCUACCAGCUCCAAUCCCCUCCCGGGUGCCGGUCCUGGCUGUCCCUGCUGCCAGGCUCACCCAUUCCCUGGAUGCCUUCACUGUCAGGCGAGCACUCCUGCAUCCAGCCAACUAGACUUGCCCAACUUUUCCUUGCUCAGUACCCGAGAGGGCAGCCGGUCGACUUUGAGGGCUCCCGACAAAGAUCCCGCUUCUAACGGGGAGGUCUCGAAGAAGCCCGAGCCUCGGGAACAGCAGGCCUUCCAAAACAAACACACACUUCCUAAUGCACUUCCUCGUACACUCAGACCUCUGAGGAAGGGUGGAGAUGAGUCAUCUGAGGAGGAGGAAGGAGAGGUAGAUAGUGAAGUGGAGUUUCCAAGGAGACAGAGACCUCACCGUUGCAUGAGCAGCUUCCAGUCGUAUUCCACGUUCAGUUCUGAGAACCUGUCCGUGUCCGACGGAGAGGAGGGCAACACCAGUGACCACUCCCACAGUGGGCCCCUGGAGAGGCUGAGCGCUAGCCAGGAGGAGCACCUGGACGAGCUGCUGUCGCACACGCCGGACAUCCCCAUCGAUAUUUCCACCCAGUCGGACGGCUUGUCUGACAAGGAGUGCGCCGUCCGCAGGGUCAAGACCCAGAUCUCCUUAGGAAAACUGUGUUCGGAUGAACACAGCUACGAGAAUCCGCUCCAGUUUGGGGACUCAGACUGCGACUCAUCCGAAGCCGAGUGCUCAGAUGCCACCAUCCGAAACAACAAAGCAGCCCCUUCCUCAUGGUGAAUGCCCCCUCGGGCACUUUAUUUGAUUUUUUUGCCUGGAACCAAUAGUGUCCCGCUGGGCCCUGCAGAGAAUACAGCAAUAAGAGGACAAUGAUGUCAAAAAAUGGCGAGCAAUCCCUCCCGGAAUCCCUUCUCCUCCGUUUACCAGGCCUUCAUUCCCUCAUGUUCAACACAACAUCCAGGCAACCCGUGGCAGGGAUUCCCUUUUAGAAUGAACAUGUACAUGAUAUAGAAUAUAACAUUCAGAAUUUAUUUUUGAAUUCUGAAGGACUAUUCAGGAGUGAACAAAAAGACUCUUAAAAAGACAUUUUGCAAUUUAGGCACAUGCUAACCGGUUGCGAGAGCGAGAUGAAGACACGUGUGGUAAAAGUGAAGUGGACGCAUGGCAACCCGAUUGGUUUUAACGCUGACAACGAGCGAGCGGUGGCGAGUUACAUCAUCGUUAAUCUCUCAGGCGACCCAGAUGUGGAGCUCCACGCCUUUAUCUGGCUGCAGUCACUGUCUUCAUUUUUUUUUAGUUAUGUCCACGGCAAAAUCCAAAAAUCAGCACGCACCAUCCUCCAGUGCGGUUUCCCACAACUUUUAUCGAGCCAAGGCACAUUUUACACUUUAGAAAAACCUCACAGCACACCGCUAAUCUAAAAAGUCACAAUGCUAUCAUUCUCUUGUAUCAUUGGCAGCAGGUUGUUGUUCGGGACAGAAUAUCUCUUGCUGACCCUAAAUAGAAAUAUGUGGUUCCCAACUCCCGCCCUCUUACCAAAAUAUCAUGGCUUAGAGAAACCUUGCGUGGCGCCAUCCUCGGCUGUCCCAUUAUAAAGCUAGCAUUACAAACACCAGCAUGACCCCCUGCCUUGUAGCAGGACUCCGUUAUGUCCACUUAUCAGGCUGUGAGUGCGACCAGUAUGCAUGAUUGAGGGGAACCGGCGGGAACGUGCUGAGAUGGAACUGAGGAGAGCAGCCGGAAUGAACAAGACAAUAUCCAGCUUCUUCUCUUGUCACGAAUCACAUGAUGCUACCAGCGUGUGAGGACACACAAAGCCCGCCCUUAGACGUUACGCUUUCAAGUCUCAUCUCAGGAUUGUUCAAGGAGGACCGGAACAAACUGGACUGGACCAAUUAGUUUGAAUGUUGUUUGGACAGCCAUUGUUGCUUUUUGCAUUUUUCCUUCAAAUAGUGGCCUCUGCUCUAAUCUCUUAAACACUGCAGUCACUCAUCACCAAGUAAAAUGAUUCCCUGUAGCAAAAACAUGAUUUUACAUGAUUUUUUUUUUUUAAAUAAUCGCCUCUAUUAAUAAUUGUGAGUAUACUUUUAAUCCUUGUGUGUUUGUGGUUUGACAUCCACAAAUCCUCUAUUAGCUGAAAAAUUAUUAUUCCUGUUUUUGUACUCAAAGCAAAGACACGAUUGCUUUGGUUUUAUCUGGUGGUCACUUUGUGCUGUACUCACUAAAGCACAAAGCACACUCACUAAGUGAGUUGAGGAGCUUCAAGUAGACAAAAGCAGUUUUUGCCAAAGUUUUUUGGCGUCUAUUGACAAUUACAGUACAAAUUAUAAUACUCGAAUAUUUUUAUUUGUAAAAACAGUUAGCUCUUAUCCAACAUACAUAAUAUGUAACAAUGCAACAUGUCUUUGACAUUGAUAACACUACUACUGUUCUGCUUUAACGCCACCUUGUGGCGUAUUUAUGUUUGACACUAUAUCCAACUCCAGUUUUACUAAGCCUUCCUUUCUUAAAACAGACGCCUCGUUCAAAUAAAUGCCUCGGCCACUAUUUGAGGAAAUAGUUUUCGGGCCCAGUAAUCUUUGUUUCUUCCCAUUUCCAAGCGCAUCAUCUCCUAUGUAACACUUUCUAGCAGGGUACUUUUUACUGACAUAAUGCUAAACGUGUGUAUAAUGGCACUAAUGUAAGUCCGAAAAGAGCAAACCAUUCCCCCUGUGCUUGUGAACAAAAGCAAUUAAGAAUCGAGGUUGCUUGCUUAAGAUCAAGAACGUCUAGCAGGCUAGACGCAAUGACUGGUGGCUAUGAAGCUUUUAUUUUAAUUUUAUGUAUGUAUCUAUUUUUUGGUUUCAUAUUUUUUACUGCUCAGGAGCAUUGUGGUGACACAUACAAUGACUUAUAAGUGGUUCUACUGCUUUUUUUUUUUUUUUAACCACAGAUGCUCUCCCAAAUCACUUUUUUUUGCUGUACUGUAUUUUUUUUAAGGGAUGCUGCAUCAGUUGGAGCUUAAUUUAUUCUUUCUUCUUUUGAGUGUUUGUCAUUCCUUUGUACACAACUUUGGGUGAAGGCAGAGUUUAUUUUGUUGUUGUCAGCUCGACUGUGUGUGAGCAAGCUAUUGGGAAAACGUUAGCCAGAAAUCAACAUUUUAUUUUUUUCAUUUGUGUUACUUUGUGUGUGUGUAUAUAAGCAUCAGCAAAUGUAACUUGACCUGUCAUCAAUGAGCUUCUUGAAAAGGAUGUUUGUGGUGUGUUUGACAUCAGUAUUGAACUGGAUGAACCGAAGCUUGAACUACUUCAUUCGGUUUCUUUGAGGACGAAAGCUUUUGCAAAUCUGCAUUAGCUCGAGCCUGUUCCGACCGUCUCCUUUGUGUUUACGUUGAUAUAAAUGAAUUAACCUCAUGCGCUGUCAUACAUCCUGUGAAGUAUGAUUGUGGUUUAUUUUCUUUGUAGCUGGCCUACACAAUGAUUGAAUUAAUUUAUUAUGAAUGGCAUGUAACUGUGCUUUUUAAUUUCAGGCAGCUUUAGCGGGACUAUUAUUUAAAGAAAGCACAAUGAGAACAGGUAUGAGGACAGUAUUAGUCUUAUGUUCGGUGGAUCGAAUCGUCAUAUCUUAUUGUCAUCAUUACAGAUGAAGUAUGGAUGUAGUGGCACUUAAUAACAAAAAUGGUUCCAAAUGUUUACUCCAGUCAACAUGUCAGCUAUUCUGUUUUCACCAAAAGCCAACCAAGGGGCAAAGAGACCACAAGUCUGAAAGCAUCUCCCCCCCACCCUUAUUUCUGUCAUAUUAAAUUUGUGUUUGUGAGGUUGUUUCUAAUCGUGGACAUCAUCUCAUGUAUCUGGUAAACUGUUUCUUUACUACGGUCAUUUUUCAGCUCCUCUUCCUGUCGAGUGGCAUUACGAUCAAACCAAUCCUGUCAGAUUCCUGUAUUUUCCAAAGUACAGUACGGUAGACAUCUGCAGGAAUAUAAUCCAAGCAAGCAACUGCAUGGAAUAAAUGCUGAUGUACUGUACCCAA